AUGACACCACAAUCAGAUCCGACGGCGGCAGUGCAGAACCCAAUCAGACCUAAAUCAGGCGUUUCACUGCCUCUCUACACCCUGCUGGAGACCUUAGCGAUUCCAGCGGACCAGUCAGCUCCCGCACUGAAUCCUGCAGCCUCUUUGGAAGUACCGCUUUCGGAACAAGUUCCUGGCCCCGCACUGGUAGACCUGAAACCGCCCACAACAUUCCGGACUAACAAUGCUCGCCAAAUUCCGCAGCGCAUACAGGUCGAUCCACGGCAAAAGCGGUACUGA